CCGUCAUGUGGAUAUAAGGUGAACGCUCAUCGUUUCUCCACUUUGAAAUUAAAGAACAAUAGUAUGAAACAAUUUACGAUGAUUUUUCAGAUAAUUACAAUCGAAUCGUUAUUGCGCAAAUUUUUUGGUGCUGAAGUGAUUCAAGGAGCAUCGUGUGAUCGUUGUGUUGAACUGAGGAAUAAAACAUCGAGUGGGCUCAUUAAAAGACAAGGAUUUUGCAAGCUGCCAUCGACCUUGAUAAUGCGAGUCGAGCGAGUGACGUAUCUCCCAUCCGGGGUCGUAUUCAAACAGGGUGACCACUUCACUUUUCCGGAAAUAUUGGAUAUUCGAGAUUUUUGCUUUUAUCGAGAUACUAUGGUAAAUUCCACUUCAUUUCGAGAUGAUUAUAUUUGUGCACAUUUAUAUUUAUACUUACAUUCAUUUGCAUUGAUUUAA